CUGAAACAUUUCUCGUGUUCGACCACAGGCACCCCAAUGAACAGAGACGUUUCAAGACAUUGGUGGGCUGAAUAGGUCAUUUGGAUCCAAAUUUUGAGGUGCCCACAUUGGAGAUGAGGACUUCAGAAGAGCAAGCAGCCACGACAGUGUUGCAGAGACUGCUGCAGGAGCAGCUACGUUACGGCAAUCCUAAUGACAACCGUAACCUGCUGGCAUUGCAUCAACAAGCCACAGGGAACAUUUCCCCCUACACUGGUGGACAAUUGCCUCAGAACGAAGGACUGACUUCUCAGGACUCCCACUUGGUUCCACAUGCUGCCCGGCAGGAGCCGCAGGGGCAGGAGAUCCAGGUGGAGAAUAUGAUGGAGAAACAGAUACCACUAAGAGCUCAAAACAGCGAAGACCUCCCUACUUAUGAGGAGGCCAAAGUACAGUCUCAAUACUUCAGAGGACAACCUCACGCCAGUGUUGGAGCAGCUUUCUAUGUAACUGGGGUGACCAAUCAGAAAAUGAGGACUGAGGGUCGUUCUACUGUUCAGAGGGUUAACACAGGAAAAGUUCACCAGGAUGAUGGUCUAAAGGACUUAAAGCAUGGGCAUGUGAGAUCUCUGAGCGAGAGACUUAUGCAGCUGUCGCUGGCUACAAGCGGGGUGAAGGCCCAUGCUCCUGUUACCAGUGCUCCUCUCUCGCCACAACCAGGGGAUUUCUAUAAAAAUUCUGGGUCCAAUGAACUGUACAAAAACUCUUCUCAAAAUGGGGGGCAAAAAGUGAGUGAGCAUAGGGGCCCUCCUCCUGACUACCCAUUCAAAAACAUUUCCACUCUCCCUUCACGUGGGAAAGCCAAGGAAAUAGGUCUCCAUUAUGGGGACCCCAGAGCCAAUCCACAGAACCGCUCAGAUGGACCAAUGGUUCGUUAUCAGCCUCCUCCAGAGUAUGGACUAUCCAGGCAAAAUCAGGAUGUACCACAGUCACUUCAACACAGAUCAUCACACUACCACAGUCCCACCUCAUCUCUCACAUCCCUGGGAUCUAUGAGCCUGCUACAGUCACCUCCACCUUCAGGCAUGUCUCCAUGUCAACUUCCAUCUCCAAGCCAUUUGGAAUUCUUCUCUGGGCCUCCACGGCCUCAACAGAUGCCUGUUCAGUUCCAUCAUGGAGAUUUUUACCGUACGCCUCAGUCAUAUGUUGGACAGCAGCAGCAAACACAAAUGGACCCUGGACUGACAAGACCUCCUCCAUUACCUUCCCCAUACACCCAGAUGCAGGGUGACCCAUUUGCUAUUGUGUCCCGAGCUCAGCAGAUGGUUGCUGUAUUAUCAGAAGAAAACCGGUCCUUGCGCCAGGAGCUGGAAGGAUGCUACGAUAAAGUGGCAAGGUUUCAAAAAAUGGAGAUGGAAAUCCAGAGAGUUUCUGAAGCGUAUGAAAGUCUUGUAAAAUCCUCAUCCAAGAGAGAGACUCUAGAGAAAGCCAUGAGAACAAAGCUGGAAGGAGAGAUCCGCAGAAUUCAUGACUUUAACAGGGACCUUCGAGAGCGAAUGGAAACCGCAAAUAAACAACUCGCAGCAAAGGAAUUGGAAGGGUCAGAGGACAACAGAAACACCAUAUCACAACUUCUAGCGCAAAACAAAGAACUCCAGAGAGAGAAGGAGAAGCUGGAAAUGGAGAUGUCUUCUUUACGUUCUAUGAACGAUGACCAAAGAAGGCACAUUGAGAUUAGAGACCAGGCUCUAAACAAUGCACAGGCCAAGGUGGUGAAACUGGAGGAAGAAUUAAAAAAGAAGCAGGUCUAUGUGGAUAAAGUAGAGAAGAUGCAGCAGGCUUUGGCCCAGCUCCAGGCAGCUUGUGAGAAAAGAGAACAACUGGAACAUAGACUGCGCACCAGGCUUGAACGGGAACUGGAAUCUCUACGGAUGCAGCAGCGCCAGGGGAAUUCUCAGUCCACCAACAUUUCAGAGUACAAUGCUGCAGCACUUAUGGAGCUGCUCCGAGAGAAAGAAGAGCGAGUUCUGGCCCUGGAAGCAGACAUGACCAAGUGGGAACAAAAAUACUUGGAAGAAAGUGUCAUGAGGCAGUUUGCACUGGAUGCUGCUGCUACUGUGGCAGCUCAGAGGGACACCUCCUCUAUAAGUCAUUCUCCGAGUUCAAGCUUUGACAUCACGCUAGAGGCCAGGAUCCAAAAGGAAGAAGAAGACAUACUUCUGGCCAAUAGACGAUGUGUAGAUAUGGAAGGGAGGAUAAAGACUCUUCAUGCUCAAAUUAUUGAAAAAGAUGCUAUGAUUAAAGUGCUUCAGCAGCGUUCUCGUAAAGACGCCAGCAAGUUGGAUCAGCCAUCUUCCAUGCGUCCUUCCAAGUCACUUAUGUCUAUUUCUAAUGCCAGUUCAGGUCUCCUCUCCCACUCUUCUGCUCUGAGUAGUACACCAAUUCUCGAGGAGAAGAGGGAGGACAAGAGUUGGAAAGGCAGCUUAGGGGUCCUCCUAGCAACAGAAUAUCGGUCAGAGUCCAUCUCAUCCACUCCAUCACCUGUACUUCCAUCAACACCCCAACCCUCUGGACACUCAAAGACUGGUAGCCGAGACUGCUGCACACAAACAGAUCGAAGCAACGAACAGAACAAAACUCCUUCUUCUGUGAGUGCAUCUCCAGGCCCGGGGAGGCUGGCCACUCCGAGCCCCAUGUAUAGCUCUGAGAAAAAUGAUGCAGUUUUUCAGUCCAGCACACUGGAUCGGAAAAAUCCGGUUGCACCAAUGAGCCAAGAUCUUUCGGAUGGAGAGAUGGUGGAAUACCUCAUAUAAGAAAGACAUAUAUUUUUUUAACAUUUGUAGUAUUUAUAGGAAGUUCUGCCCCAAGCCUAUUUAUAUGAAUUAGGAUAUUAAGCAGAGAU